GGCGUUUAAGGUCAGGCAACAACAACUAGAAUUUUUGAAGUUUAUUCAUCCGCUCCUAAUUCGUAAUCACCCACUUGUAUUAAAAACGGUAAGAUGCUUGGGCACGCAGGAAGACUCUGUUUUUCCCGUAGCGUAGCCAAAAUAUCAACUAAUGGUUACCGAAACUUAAUCUCUAGGCAAAUGAGCCAAGUUCGUCACGUCUCUGGUAACUCCAGUAGCAGCGAAGACGAGGUAAUUUUAGAAACACAUGGCAACAAAUGUGUCAUCACCCUCAACAGGCCCAAAGCAUUAAAUGCUUUAAACCUAAACAUGAUCAGAAAGAUUACUCCUGUCCUGAAACAGUGGGAAAAUGAAGAAAAAGUUUUGAUAAUUAUUCAUGGUGCUGGUGAAAAAGCCUUUUGUGCCGGUGGUGAUGUUCGCAGCAUCAUUGAAUCGAGAAACCAACCCACAAGCACUCUGUUCAGUGACUUCUUCCGGGAAGAAUACCAGCUAAAUUAUCUGAUUUCAACACUGCAAACACCCUAUAUAGCCCUCAUUGAUGGCAUUACCAUGGGUGGGGGGGUUGGACUGUCUGUGCAUGGAUAUUACAGAGUCUCAUCUGAAAAAACACUAUUUGCUAUGCCAGAAACAGCAAUUGGCUUUGUGCCAGAGGUUGGAGGUACAUACUUCCUUCCUAGACUUACUGGCAAACUUGGCAUGUUCCUUGCAUUGACAGGCUACCGCCUGAAAGGAGCUGAUGUCUACCAUGCUGGCAUUUCCACUCAUGCUGUGAAUAAUAAAGAAGUAGAUGACAUUAAGGAAGAACUUCUAUCUUUGAAAAUGAAUUCACAGAAUGUUGAGAUUGAAGGCUGUCUAGCGAAAUUUACGAAGUCAGCAUCGUUUUUACAGCAGCCCUUCUCACUAGAGCCCCAUCUGCCACUAAUCAAUGAUUGCUUUUCAGCCCCUUCCGUCGAAGAAAUAAUUUCUCGAUUGCAAGCUUCUAGCGACCCUUUUGCAAAGGAUACAUUAGUGACAAUUCGAAAAAUGUCACCGUUUGCGUUAAAAGUCACGAAACGGGCCCUAGACGAGGGUUCGGAACAGACUCUCGCCGAAUGCCUGCAAAUGGAAUACCGACUAUCACAACGAUUCGUUGCCGACCACGACUUCCCUGAAGGUGUCCGAGCCCUGUUGAUCGAUAAAGACCAAAACCCUAAAUGGAAACCGUCCAGCUUAGAGGAGUGCACCCCUGAAAAGAUCGAGUCUUAUUUUGAACCGGUCAAGGAUGAGUUGCAUCUGUAAUUAUGUCCAUAUAGUUAAAAGAAAUUAAAACAAUCUAUUUGGCGUUACAACUUAAUUGUAUUUGAAUUAGUGAUGCCGCCAAGAUUAAUUAAAACAACUGUCACACGAGA